AUGACAGCUUCAGGAGAAGUAGACUAUGUCCCCACGAAGCAGUUGGAUUAUGAACUCGAGAUUGAGUAUUCGUCUCGAAACCUGUUGAAUAUGGAGACAUUAUGGAUAUCGAAACUGCCCCUGAUCACAUCUUUGGCCUUGUAUUGCUCAACAACUGGUCUAGUCGAGAUAUCAAGUGGAUUCGGCACGACCAUCUCUUCGUGGAUCGUCACGCUGGAUGCUUUGGAAGAGUUCAAGUGCGAGUCGCAAAAGGGAGUUGACGUAACAUACCCACCGAAUCAUUUGAAAUGGAAGCAACCGGAGAAGGCCACAUUUGACUUAGACUUGUCAGUUGACAUCGAUCGUGAGCCAUUCAAGUCGUCGACUGGUUGA